AUGGCAUUAAGGAAGGAGAGAACCCUCUUAAAGCGGUAUAAGGAGGAGGAAGCAGAGCACGCACGCAUAGCUGCCGACCGCCGACGAAAAAUGGCUACCCUACAAAAAAAGAUAGAAGAACUGGAAGUCAAUUUCCAGCCGGGCCCCCAGCAUCAAGUGUCGAGCCAGCCGCAAGCUCACCCAAGCCCGCAACCACCUCUGCGAGACACGCCGCAAUCACGGGCAAACCACCCCGCACCCCCUCCAGCAAGCAACCAGCAACCACAACAGCAGCAAUCCCAGCCUCCACCAUCUCAGGAUGACCUCAAGUCCCAAAUGCAAGUCUGGCUGCAACAAAUGCAAGUACAACUCCAGCAGCAAAUGCAGCAGCAAAUGCAGGCCCACUUCAAUCAACUCAUAGCCGAGCUCCAACACUCAACCCUUGCCCCCACCCCGCCGGCACCGCCGCAGUUCCAACUACGUCAGCCCAUCCUCACCGUUAAUGUUUCUGGACAAUAA